CAGCUGUUCGCCCGACUUGAUGGCCGCCGAAGUGUUCGCGACAUCGAGCCUCGCCUCUUUCCCCAAGACGGAGGACCCGGACCUGGUGAACAGGCUCAUUGGGAACAGGUGGGUGCCAUGAUUGCUUCCCUGAAUUGCUCAGUCAUUCACAAGCAAAGAUGGGGCGAGCUUCACCUGUUUGUGAACAAGUGCGUGAGAAAAUGGUCGAGCACUUUAAGGACAAUGUUCCACAACGUACAACUGCAAGGAAUUUAGGGAUUUCAUCAUCUACGGGCCAUAUCAUCAUCCAAAGGUUCAAUCACUGCAUGUAAGCGGCGAGGCCGAAAACCAACAUUGAAUGCCUGUGACCAUCGAUCCCUCUGGCGGCACUGCAUCAAAAACCGACAUCAAUGUGUGAAUGAUAUCGCCACAUGGGCUCAGAAACACUUCCGAAAACCAAUAAACCCCGCUGGCUUCUCUGGGCCCGAGCUCAUCUAAGAUGGACUGAUACAAAGUGGAAAAGUGUCCUGUGGUCCGACGAGUCCACAUUUCAAAUUGUUUUUGGAAAUUGUGGACGCCGUGUCCUCCGGGCCAAAGAGGAAAAAAACCAUCCGGACUGUUAUGGACGCGAAGUUCAAAAGCCAGCAUCUGUGGUAGUAUGGGGGCUGUGUUAGUGCCAAUGGCAUGGGUAACUUACACAUCUGUGAAGGCACCAUUAAUGCUGAAAGCAAGACAAUGCCAAACCACAUUCUGCACGUGUUACAACAGCGUGGCUUCGUCGUAAAAGAGUGCGGGUACUCGACGGGCCUGCCUGCGGUCCAGACCUGUCUCCCAUUGAAAAUGUGUGCCACAUUAUGAAGCGUCAAAUACGACAACGGAGACCCCGGACUGUUGAGCGGCUGAAGCUGUACAUCGAGCGAGAAUGGGAAAGAAUUCCACCUCCAAAGCUUCAACAAUGAGUGUCCUCAGUUCCCAAACGUUUAUUGAAUCUUGUUAACAGAAAAGGUGCAGUUGUGGAGCUUUACGGACUGGAGGGAACAGGUGAGUUGGCGUGACAGGAAGCGGUGAGGUAAGGUAAGGUGACGGGAAGUGGCUCGUCGUUCCGCUACGUUGUAAUGGUUGCACGCGGCGCAGGUAAGACAGAGCUGCUGUACCACUUCCUGUGCCGUGCCAUCCUCCCCGCCGAGGCCGGCGGCCUGGAACUGGAGGUAAUUUUCGUGGACACUGACUGCAGCCUGGACAUGUUGCGGGUGGUCAGCAUCCUGGAUGCCAGGCUGAGCAAAGCUGGUACGUGCGUACGUGCCCACGUCGACCGUGACACCGACUCAUCAACAAAUACAGCGGCCAAUGCGUCAAGCUCGCCGUCGUCGCGCGACAUGUGCGUGCGCGCGUGUCUGUCUCGCCUGCUGGUGGCGCACUGCCGCUCUUCUUGCCAGCUCCUCUUGACGCUGCAUGCGCUGGAGGCUCGCUUGGCAUGUCGGCCCGGCCUGGCGCUGCUCCUCCUCGACAGCGCGUCGGCCUUCUAUUGGCUGGACCGCAGCGAGGGCGGUACCAGCGUGGCCAAGCAGGAAGAGAAGCUGAGCAGAUGUUCGCAGCUGUUGGCCGGUCUGCUCAGGGAUUACAGGAUCAGCGUGUUUGCCUGCUGCCACGCCAACAGGAGGCGCUGCGGCCCCGCCUCGUCUUCCUCCGUCUCUGACCUGUGUCGCCCCUGGCAACGGUUGGUCACUCACCCCUUGCUGUGCUCCAGACUGGAAAUUGCUCCUGCGGGAGGCGGCGAGGCGCGCCACCGAAGUCACAUCUUCACCGUGCGUUGCACUGCCUCACCCUCGUCGAGGAGCAAAGCUUACAGAAGUUGCUCUUUCCGUGUCUGCGACGCCGGCCUGGAAUUUCUAUGACGCUCCUCCUCUGACUCUUGUGAGACCCGUAGUGUAGAAACUGCAUUUACUAUCAUCAAUCCCUGAAUAAUAAAAAAAGCGCUGG